ACUCGGCGGCAUAAGCUUGGUCAAAAGUCCUGGAUACCGGGCCAGUAAUGAUGCACCCGCUCUUCAAUGCUCCCCCGCCUUUCUCGCUCCCGCCUGGUUAAACGGACAGCAUACACUACCUUCGGUCUUGGUGCAGCUUACCUUGCAGACACGGAACUUAAUGCGUCCGCCGUAACCCGUAACCUCCGCACACUAUGGACUUGUGCCCUCAUAUCAGCGGACUACAAGCUCAACUUCACGCCAGAGCACGCAGACCGUAUACCAGCCCUCCAUCAGCGCGUUGCAGAUCGAAUGUAUGACCUUUUCACAAGCAAUGGCGGACUAUACAUAAAGAUCGGUCAAGCAAUAGGCGCAAAUGCCGCGUUAAUGCCUGCACCCUUUCAGCAAAAGUUCGCCCGCCUCUUCGACGAUGCUCCACAAAUACCUUAUCCUACUAUUGCCCGCGUGUUCCAACGCGAAUUUAAUAAGUCCCCACAAGAGCUUUUCGCCUACUUUGAUGAAAAGGCCAUGGCCAGCGCCUCCGUAGCACAGGUCCAUAAGGCACGCACAUGGGAUGGAGACUGGGUUGCAGUGAAAGUGCAGAAGCCAGAUGUAGGGCGCCAGACCAGUUACGACCUCGUGGCGUUUAGAGCUGUCAUGUGGGCAUUCGAAAAGUGGGUGUUUGACCUGCCUGUUUAUUUUGCUGUCGACUUUAUUUCCACACAUCUCCGUGCUGAACUUGAUUUCAUUGCUGAAGCCUCAAACGCACAGCGGACUGCGUCUCUCAUUGCAUCCGAGCCCCGUCUAGCUGGCAAAGUGUACAUUCCAAAAGUUUACCCCGAGUAUUCAACCAAGCGUGUGCUAACAGCGGAGUGGAUCGAUGGAGUGCGACUAAGCGACCGUGAGGCACUAGGUCGAGUUGUCGGUGAGAAGUUACCUGAACGAAGCGGUGGUAUGUUUGCCGAUACCGUUCAUGAGGAGAAGAAAAAUGGCAUUCCCGAGAGCAUGCAUAAUGUGAAAUUAAAGGGCGGGAUGCAAGCAAUAAUGCAUACGAUGGUCGAACUUUUCAGUGCACAAAUGUUCGACUGGGGCUUUGUCCAUUGCGAUCCACACCCAGGGAACGUCAUAAUUCGUGCCCGCCCAGGCUCAUCGCCGUCAUCGAAACCCGUGCUCCGUGACCCUCAGCUAGUACUACUAGACCACGGCUUAUAUGUUACCAUACGCCCCAGCGUCAAGCGCCAGUACGCCUCUCUCUGGCGUGCACUCCUGACUUCGGAUUGGGACACAAUAAGAAACGUCACCGAAAGCUGGGGUGUCGGCGAGGCGGGGCUGUUUGCGAGUGCUGUCCUGAUGCGGCCUGUGAAGGUUGGGCGGGCUAACGGGUCGAGUUCACAUGCAGAGAAGGCCAACGGGGGUGCUGGCGCGGAGCUGAAUGCAUAUGAGCAGAGCGUACGGAUGAAAGAGCGGUUGAAACGAUUCCUUGUCGAUACUGAUAAGAUGCCCAAAGAGCUAAUUUUCUUAGGGCGGAAUAUGCGAAUCGUGCAAGGGAACAACCAAUCCCUCGGCUCCCCGGUCAACCGCAUUAAAAUUACGGCCUAUUGGGCUUCACGCUCGCUCGUCACGACGCAUGAAGGUAUACCAUCAUCCUCUCGCACAUGGUGGGCCCGCCUCGACACGCGCGAGCUCUGGCGCGAUGUACUCUUCCGCAGUGCCAUGUUCAGCCUCGACGUCGUGUUCUGGGUAUCGAAGCUCCGGCAGCGUGUGCGUGCGUUACUGGGCUUCACGAAUGGCGGAUUUGAGGAUGAACUAGAGAGGAGCAUGAGGGGGUUUGCGAAGAGUACAUUUGGUGUUGAGAUGGGGCCCGGUGCGUUUGAGGGCUAGUAGGGUUUGAACGCGUGGAUCUCAGGGUGGGGUCACUUAUCCGUAUUUGCUAUUAGCUGCUCUUAGAUGAUGAUCUAGCUAGACUUGGACUCGUUAAUAUUUGCCAUGGUAGUAUCAUAACGCCCGUAAAUUUGAUUAUCAGGGUUGGUUGCGUAUCUCAUGCCGCAUCGCUU